AUGGAAGCUCCGAGCAUGGCGGCGAAGAAGCGCACAGUGUUGCAGUUCUCUUCUUCACAGAGCCUUUCGGCGAGGGUUCACCCUCUCGUUGUCUUCAACAUCUGCGAUUGCUAUGUUCGACGUCCCGACCAAGCCGAGCGCGUCAUCGGAACGUUACUCGGCUCCAUUCUCCCCGACGGAACCGUCGAUGUCCGUAAUUCCUACGCCGUUCCGCACAGCGAAUCCGUCGAUCAGGUUGCCUUGGAUAUUGAGUAUCACCAUAGUAUGUUAAUAUCCCACCAGAAGGUGAACCCAAAGGAAGUUAUAGUUGGAUGGUAUUCAACUGGUCUUGGAGUAACCGGUGGUAGUGCAUUAAUCCAUGAAUUUUAUUCUCGAGAAGUGCCCAAUCUUAUCCAUUUGACUGUUGACACAGGAUUCGCAAAGGGAGCAGGUACCAUAAAAGCAUAUGUUUCAAACAACUUAUCGCUUAGAGACCGACAAAUUGCUGCACAGUUUCAAGAAAUCCCAUUAGAUCUUCGUAUGGCUGAAGCUGAACGCAUUGGAUAUGAUACUCUGAAGGCAACUGCUAUUGACAAAAUCCCCUCUGAUUUAGAAGGGAUGGAAGCGUCAAUGGGACAUCUAUUAGCCUUGAUUGAUGACAUCCACAAAUAUGUUGAUGAUGUUGUGGAAGGGCGUAUUGAUCCAGACAACAAAAUUGGGAGAUUUAUAUCAGAUGCUGUUGGUUCCCUUACCAAAUUGCCAUCAUCAGAUUUUGAGAAGCUUGUGAAUGACAGCUUGCAGGAUCACCUGCUCUUGCUAUAUUUAUCAAGCAUCACUAGAACACAGCUUAGCCUGGCUGAAAAGUUGAAUACGGCUGCUCAGAUUUUGUGAUUCUGUCCUUGAUCAAAUGCAAUUUUGCUUAUAGAAGUUACAUUCUUUUUUUGAUUUCUCCCCAAAACUUGGAAUAUCAGCUUUUGUUUAUUCAUUUAUUUGUUUUGAAAUAGUAAAUUGUUGAGCUUAUUAUUGCAAAAGUC